AUGAGAGACCAAUUAGAAGAAGAAGAAGGUGAUCAACAACAUCAUCAGCAGCAACAUUCAAGUAUUCAGCAUACUUCAUCAAAUCCGAUAGCAAAACUUGCUUUCUUUUCCACUUUUCUCGUUGUUACUUUGUUAGUCAUCAUUUACCCUCCAUUUGAUUAUAGUAACGAUCCCAGAAAAAUAUUCGAAUCAGCUCCUUCUUUGUGGUAUCUUAACAGUACCACCAGUGCUCAUGACGAAGGGAAAGAAGCGAAUUCAUCCGAAAACUGUGAUUUGUUCACCGGUGAUUGGGUACCGGAUCCUGACGAGCCCUACUACACCAACGAAACGUGUCAUAAAAUGUAUGCUUUUCAGAAUUGCUUGAAAAAUGGAAGACCCGAUUCGGGAUACCUAAAAUGGAGGUGGAAACCCGACGGCUGCGAGCUUCCCAAAUUCGAUCCGGACCGGUUCUUAGAAUUGGUCAGAGGAAAGUCAAUGGCCUUUGUUGGGGAUUCUUUGGCCAGGAAUCACAUGCAAUCACUGGGUUGUCUCCUGUCCAAAGUUGCUGCCCACCCGGAAGAUGUAAAAGCAGAAGAAAGGGAAGAGUGGGUGUUCAAGGAUUACAACUUCAACAUUUCGGCAUAUUGGUCUGCAUUUCUAACAAAAACGGAAAAAUCUGAAAAGGGCCCCGGAAAUAUAUACCUAGAUGAGUUUAACGAAUAUUGGACAGCCAAGAUCGAAAACUACGACUACAUGAUCAUCUCAGCCGGGCCGUGGUUCUUCCAUACAACCAUGUACUACGAAAAACGCCGCCUCUUUGGCUGCAACAACUGUAAGGAAGAAAACGUCCCGGACAUAGGAUUCUACAGCGCAUACCAAAAGGCGUUAAGGACAUCAUUGAGAGCCAUGAGGGAGUUAGCGAAACCCGGUGCGACGUUUUUUGUUAGGAGCGUGUCUCCGAUACAUUUCGAUGGCGGACCAUGGGAUAAUGGCGGACAUUGUAAUCGGACAGAACCUUUGAAGCGGAAAGAAACUAGUUUGGAUCCUUACUCGGCGAUAUUGCGGGGGAUACAGAUGGAGGAAGUGGAAAUUGCUCAAAAAGAAGGAAGCAAAAAAGGGUUGAGUUUCAGACUGAUAGAUGUGACUUCAUCAAUGCGGCUUAGACCGGAUGGUCAUCCUGACGUAUAUUGUCGCGGGCCGAAUGAAAAGGUUGCUCACGAUUGUUUGCACUGGUGUUUGCCUGGACCGAUUGACGUUUGGAAUGAAUUUUUGCUGCAGUUACUUAUUCGAGACCAGGAUCGUCGUAACUCGAAUGAUACUGUAUAG